AUGAGCGAAUUAGACGAGUUUUAUGACUGUAGUAACAAUGAGGAGACAGUUUGUUAUGUUAAUUUGUCUUUAUUUAAAGGAUCCCAUCUGAUUGCGGACAAUUUUGAUCCAGAAAGGAUAUUGCCGCCGAGCUCAUUUAUCAAAACUUUGAGAACUAGGCUUGCUAGGGAGUCAAGAAAUUAUAGUCUACUAGUUUGGUUGUUAAAUUGUCCAAAUAUAACCUUAACUCAACGAUCGGAACAUCAAAAAGAACCAUUUCAAGUAUUCGAACCACGCCAGAAUCGACUUUAUCAGCAUUAUUUGAAUAUACGACCAUUUUCUUAUGCUGAUGAAAAUAUUUCAAUGGAUGCAACGUUGGUGUCAAGUGAAUCUCAUUGGCCGGAUCACUACUCCUAUGAGUGCUCAAUAUUUCCUCGCCUGUUACAAAAGACCAAUUACGACCAUUUUCAAAUGAACAGAUUAUGUGAAGAGUAUCGGCAACAGUUCAUUAAAAUCAUGGAAAAUUUCGAAGCUCAAAAACCAAGACAUCCUAAAUAUGCCCAGAUUUAUCUUCAGCAAAAUCUUGGGCUAUUGACAAGGGCAUACAUUCGGGACUUAUUCUAUGAUAUUACAUUCAAAUAUUCUGCUUGGUCAAAUGCCAAGCGGCUGACAAGAGUGGAGCUUUUGAGGUCUUUACAAAGAUAUCAUAAGGAGUACACCUUCAUCAUGAGCUGUGAUCCGAUUGAUAAUUUCACUGAAAAAUUGGACCAUUUAACUUGCUUAAAUUAUGCUUCAAAAGAUGAGGUGAAUGCCAAACUAACUUACGGAAUUUGGAUAAAUGCAGAGCAUGGACUUAUACUUCUAUGUAACGGUAUCGCCCAUAGCUGGGACCUUUUACAGAUCCCUAGCCAUAGCUAUCAGAAUGACGAUAAUAUUACAUUAUUUGUGACAAAAUAUAUGCUAUUCUGCAAUAUGAGCGUUCUUGAAACCUGUUUGUGGUUUUUUUAG